CUCAAUGUCUUAGCCGCUUAGCAGUUUUCUGCAAAGGAUUUUGGAAUGGAAUCCUCGGUGAGCAAUCUGCUGCGCGAUAUUGGUUCACCACAAUAGUCCGGCAAUUUGCUUCAAGUCCAGUUUGCAGGAUGUCAGUUCCAAAGCCUGGGCCAUCCGUUUCAGCCGCACACGGGACUUCUGCAGACGUCUUUCCGCACAAAAAUCACAGGAGAAGGCAUGUAAUAGAUUUACCCCACAAUUUUAAAACACUAAAAGAUCAAGUGGAUAGUCUCCGUGCACAUUGGAAGGUCAUCAGUGACGAUAUAAAUCAUCAAUCAGCGACCAGGCAGAGAAACGAUAAUCAUGCAGCUUGUCAUAGUGAAAUAGAGUGGAUAUUGAAAUAUUACCAAGAGAAUAUUGUCAACCGGUACAAAAAGCUAGUUGGAAUUGAAUCAGGUGGAAACCAAACCCCAGUCCAUGAAUUGUCAGCCGCUUCCAAAGGUUGGAAGAACAAAUUUCGUAACCCAACAUUCUACAAGCUUGCAAGGCUGGAUAAAGAUGUUCUCAAGUUUGCGACUGAAGUCACCAAUCUGGAAAAUAAGAUUACACUUGAGCAUGUAACCAGUACCAUAAAUCCAGGAAUUGUUGUAACACAAAGUGCUCAAGAACUAACUCAUGUGCCUUCACAUGAAGCGGUCCUUGAGAUCCUGGAGGACUGUUUAUGUGACCGGGGCUGCAAGAGGAUUAUCAUCCACGGAGAACCACAAGUUGGAAAAACAAAUAUUUUGAGAAACUUGAAUAACCGGUUGGUUCAAUGCCCUCCCGGCCUGGAAUUGGACUACGUCAUUUGGGUGACUUUUCCGACUCAUCUGCUGGAGCCGGAGGACAUCAUCACUGACAUACAAGACAAAAUUCUUCAGCGUCUGGGCUUAAAUGGGCAGAGUAGUGGAAGUGGGAAAAAAGUAGUAAUAUCUAGAGCACUUCAUGAGAAAUCAUAUUUGCUGCUUUUUGACGGGUUCUCUUCCUCAAUUGAGCUUGAGGACAUUGGAAUCUCUGAAGAACAUGUGCACGGGAAAGUCAUCAUUGAAGCUAAAGAUCCAUAUCUCCUGAGGAAUUUUCCAUUCGACAAAGCAAUCAAAUUAGAGAGGUUACCACCCCAAGAUUCAAGGAAAUUGUUUGAUAAGAUCAUUUAUGAUGAAACAUUUUGUGGACAAAAAGCUGACUUGAUCCCUAAGGAGCUUGGGCUUCCAGGGGUGACCAUAUCUGCAGCUGGGCACCCGAGAAUUUUUAAUCGAGUACAACAUUGGGAAAAAAAUGCUGACUUGAUCGUUAAGGAACUUGGUGGGCUUCCAGGGGUGAUCACAUCUGUAGCUGGGCAGCUGAAAAUUAAUAAACGAAAACAAUAUUGGGAAGAUAUGAUUCGAAGAUUGAAAGCAGAUAUUUGGGAUAAUAAUCUUCUGGAAUUGGCAGGCUUGGCAGGAGUAAAAUUGGCUUUUGAUACAGCUUAUAGUAAAUUGAAAGAGAAUGAGCGAAAGUGCAUACUUUAUGCAGCAUUGUUUCCAAAAGACUUCACAAUUCCCAUAGAUAUUUUGGUCGAAUGUUGGAAAGCUGAAGAGUUUCUAUGGUGUCCUAUUCCUACACUCUCUCACGCACGAAGAGAAGGAGCGUGUGUACUCAAACAGCUGAUUGAGCUUAAUCUCUUAGAGAAGUGUUUUGAACACCAUGUCAAGAUGCCAAUAAUCUAUAGGAGACUUGCACUUGAAACACCUUUCCCUGGGGAGAAAAAUGCAACGUCCUUUGUCAGGUCGGGUCCAGAGAUAGACGGACACCUAAAAGACGAAGAAUGGGAGAUGGCCAGAAGGGUGUCUUUGAUACAAAGCCAAUUAGAGGAAUUACCUGUGAGCCCGAAAUGUGAGGGCAUGUCAACACUAUUUCUGCAAUUUAACCCAAACUUGACAAGCAUUGAGGAACCGUUCUUCAGAAGGAUGCAGAACCUUCGAGUUUUGGACCUGCACAGCAAAGGAAUAAAAUUGUUGCCUCCCUCUAUCUCCUACUUGAUGUCACUCCGGAGUUUAUACCUCAACAAUUGCUGUGACUUAACCGUGCUCCCACCUGAAAUAGUGAAGCUCAAGAAGCUUGAAGUUCUUGAUAUUCGAGGUACCUCAAUCCAUUGUUUGCCCGAAGAGAUCAGCAGUUUGUUUGGCCUUAGGUGCUUGAGGUUUUCAUUUGUCCUUGAAGCGUGCAAUCCCAAUCCGGAGAUAGAACGGACAUGGCUCAUAUUUUCCCCCGGAACGGCUGACCAGCUUGACAAGCUCGAGGAGUUGACUAUUGUCUUAGUAAAUGGAAGCAAUGACGGCAUUGUUGAUCGAAUAAAGGCAGAGAUGCUUGAAUUUGAGAACAAAAAUAACCAGUUUAAGUUCAUUCUUCAUAGGCUGUCCCAAUCAGUGGACCAAGGGAAUCUCGUUCAACUAAAGGGAAAGGCAGUAUACCUUCCGAAUCCAAGUGUUACUGCAAGUCAUGCUCAUGAGCCAACAACAGGAAACCAGUCUCCGAGAUCAGACAACAAGAGUUGUGUUCUCAGAGUGAACAUCCAUUGUGAAGGUUGCAAGAAAAAGAUCAGAAAGACAUUACUGAAAAUUGAUGGAGUUUAUGCUGUUAAAAUAGAUGUAGACCAACAAAAAGUUACUGUGACAGGAAAUGUUGAUCCAGCUACACUGAUAAAGAAGCUUGCCACGGCUGGAAGGCACGCAGAAUUGUGGGGAGCACAGAAAGGCGGGAGUGGUGCAUUCAACUUGAACAACCAGUUCAAGAAUAUGCAAAUUGAUAACUUUAAAGGUGGGGAAGAUAACACAAGAUGGGAGGGGGGGAACAAAAAGAAGCCAGGAAGAGGUGGUAGUGGUGGAGAUAACAAGAAGAACGAAUCAAAAGAUGAUGCCGUGAGAGAUUACCCGGCGCCGAUGCCCUAUCAGUACCCGCCACCCGUGCCGGUAUACUACACCGCACCAGUGCCGGCAUACUACGCCGGGAGUGCGGAGGAGAAUCCAAAUGCUUGUGUCAUAUGCUAACUUCCAAGGAUUAGAAGAACUUCGAAGUCAUGAAUCAUGAAAGUAUCCCCCAUUAGACGACGGCAAUGCCAGUUUCAUCUGUUAUGUUUUUUAAUUUUUGGGUGUCAAUCCUAAGGAUAAUUUUUGUUAGGUUAGUACGCAGUGGUAUUUUAGAAGUCAAGAAGAGUGCUCCCAAAAACUCUUUUUAUCUUUGUUAUUUUCCUUUUUUCCUUCU